CGGGGCUGACUUGCACUAUCCUCGACAGAAUAACUGCGCCAGGCACUCCACCAUUUGCCCACCGACCAUAAAUCAAUACCCAGAAUAGUUACGUCUUGUUCGUCGCCGACAACCUCGAGUGACUAUAACUAUAAACUAUAUAACCACUACCAACAACUUACUAUUCUACCUUUGUUCUCGCUUGUCUCGAAACUCUUCCACGUCCUUCUUCCCCCCCACGCCAAACGCGAUGGCACAGCACGCCUUCAAUCAGUUUAGUGGCGGCCAGAACAAUGGUGGCGCUAGCGGCAGCGUCGACCCAAAUGAUCUGGCCAUGUCUGGUACCUACGCCGCGUCAUACUCGAAUAACUUCAAUGGAAAUAACAAUUCCUCGGGUUUCUUCGGUGAUGACGAGUUGUUAGAUACACUAGGCAGCCCGACAGACCCAAUGCCGAACCAACCUGGCAUGCACAACCAAAACCAGGACUACAAUGGGAUGAGUGAAAUGAAUAUGGGCUUCAACCAAGGCAUGUACCCAAACCACCAGGGUAGCCACGGUAUGUCUAUGGACCAGUCGCAUAUGAAUGGAUUUUCCAACACUCCAGAUGGCGACCCGAUCCAGAGCCCGUUUGUACACAGUUUCAACCAGGCGCAAUUCCACCAGAUGCAACAGCAACAUCAACAGCAGUUCGGAAACUCCCUCCAAUCGCCGAUAUCAUACUCAGGCUCCCCUUUGGCUGGAUCUGACCUCAACAACGAUGGCAACGAGCCUGGCUACCUAAACUCCAAGUCUCGCCCUCAACUUACCCACAACAUGCAACGGAAGGCUUCCAAUACCCGAAGCCCACUCACACCUAAGACUGCGACCCCAAUGUCCAACUUGAAUGUCAACUCAAGAGAGCAAUCCGGAUUCGGCGCGCAACCGAUUCGGACUACAAAUGGCCACGAAAAGUCACCCUCUGGCCAAUGGCUACAUACACCCAACAGCCUUUCUUCAUUCCCUGGUUCUGGCUUCCCCUCGCCGAUGCAACAUGGCAUGCCAAACCCCCAGAUUGCCGAUGUAUUGCUCAAGGGCGGCUCAUCUAUGCCCGCCAAGUUGAACGCGCCGCCCAAUACCGUUUCAUCGCAAGAGAUGAAGCGAAAGAGACGUCGUGAGUCGCACAACCUAGUUGAGCGACGACGCCGUGACAAUAUCAACGAGAGGAUCCAGGAUCUAAGCAAACUUGUUCCUACGCACCGGCUAGAAGAUGAGAAAAUUCGGAAGCUAAUUCAGAAUGGUACACCACUAUCUCCCAGCCUCACCGGGAUCUCUCAUCCAGCGCAAGCCACCUCAGGAUUAGCUGGCCCAGGUGCCAAACGCGCAACAGGUGUUGGCAACAUUACUACCGGCUUGCCACUUGAGGAUAAGGACAAGGGUCCUAACAAGGGUGAUAUUCUUAACGGAGCAGUCAGUUGGACAAGGGAUUUGAUGUGGAUGCUGCAUCUUAAGCUCCAGCAGCAAGAAGAGCUUAUUAGUACUAUCGUAGAACUCGGUGGUAGUGUUCCCCUCGAACUCACCGAAGAUGAGAAACGGAUGCAUUCCGAGUUAAUGGAAGCUAUGACCAAGAAUGGUCCGCACACGUUCUCAUACUCUCGGUUUGCCGGGUCUGGUCUUAGGGUCCCUCAACACACCGACUACAGAGGUGACUCUCUCAACGGGUCUGACAGCGCGAUUACUGCCACCUCUGUAAGUCCCGAUGGCCAUGAUGCUGUGGAUUUUACAGGUGGUAUGGAUGACGCCGGCCAGUUCUGGGGUGAUCCAGAUGACGAUGGCAGUGGUCCUGCCUCCAUUAACUUCAAGGAGGAAGACGAAUUUGGAAUGGACCUCUCACAUGACUAAAGGUCUUUCGGGCCUUCUACAAUCCUACCUUUUUCUCCGGCAUUUUCUGGCGUUAGCCAAGCCCUGGUAUUUCAUUCAAUUCACUACUUCGUCAUUUUGACAUUAUGGGUUGAGUUCAGAUACCCAG